GAGAGCUCUUUGAGCCCACAGGCGCCCACGACGCCGAAAGCCUUGAGCUUCCAGGUGGAGUUGGAUCGAGGAGAGGGCCUGGCCAGCAUCGGCUUGCAGCUGGAUGCCUCCGAUCAGAAGCUUUGUUUGGUGACGGGGGUCAAGGCAGAAGGCCUUGUACACCGCUGGAAUAGCCAGAAUCCCGGCCAGAAA